CGUGAGUUUCAUACGAUGCAUGAUUUAUACUACACAACCUAUUGGCAAUAUAUAGAUAUAUGUAGUGUAUGAUAUCUUUUUUUUUUUUUUGAAGCAAUGUAGUGUAUGAUAUCUAGAUAUUAUAUUUUUUGAAGAAACGAUAUGAUAUUAGAUAUUCUUAAUUCCUGAUAUUAUGAACGAAUGUCUUUCUUUUCUGGGCAUUCUCUUCUUUCACACAAUAUUUAGAUAUUCUUUUUUUUUUGGGCAAUAUAUUUAGAUAUUCUUAAUUCCUGAUAUUAUGAACAAAUGUCUUUCUUUUUUGGGCAUUCUCUUCUUUCACACAAUAUUUACAAAUUUCCCCUUUUCAUGUUCAUUUUCCAUAAUAUCAUCCACCAUGUCUCUAGUUUUCAAAAAACAAAAAAAUAAUUCAUCACGUCUCUCUUCUUUUUUUACAAAAUUACUCCACAGAUCAUCUAUUUUAAUUUAAAGUUAUAGAUUUCACCAUUUUUUCUUUCUCAAUCUCAAAUUCAUCUUUAACUUUUGCAUUCAAAAUAAAAUCUGUUAAUUUUUAAAAAAGUAUCAAGUCAGUUCCCCUUAAACAUUAAAAAUUUAACAACACAAUAUAUGAAAAAUGACCGAAAAAAUUAAUUAUAUUCAUAUUUAAUAGUAGUUUUUUUUUUCUUCAUGGUUUCCACCCUCUAGUUCAUAGAGGAAGGGGGUCUAGUAGUCCAGAGUUUCGGGGCGAGUUCUGCAUCAAGUGGUUCCAGUUCCCUCCCAAAUGCAGUUGCAGGUGAUCGAACCGUGGUCUUCCCUACUAAGUUCAGCGUCAAUCACCACUAAACUAACUAACAUUUGUUUAUUUAAUAGUAGCUUUUACAUACAAGGGAUUUUGUAUUUAUUCAUUACUUCCGGCACUCUUUUCUUCCUUACGAAAGUACUAGUCAAGUUCACUUGUUAUCUAGUUUCCUCUUUGUUAUGUAGGAGAGUUGGUGCAAUGGAGGCUAAAAAAUGUAAUGCUGCAGUAGGGAACACCAUGGACAAGGUUAACUUUAUUCUGAAGAAUUUAAACAGUGAUAUUUUGGGUAACAUUUUUAAGCGCAUUGAUAUCUUCGAAUCAAAUUUAGCUGUUUCUCGUUUUACCGAAGCAUGGAAGAAAGCUAGCAAUGACGAACCUGUUUGGCAAACACUUGAUUUUUCAAUGUUGAAAUCUGAUUUUGUGAAGACCUUAACUAAGCCAUAUGUUUGGGUUCACUCUCGCUCUGACGCCAGUUUGUCGAAUUUGUUGUUUGUUGCAUUGAAUCUUAGUCAAGGAAAUGUCAAGACAUUGAUUUUCCAUUACAACUUGUUUCUCACCAAUGAACAAUUCAUCUACACAGCUACAAGGUGCCCACUUGUAAGACGACUAGUCUUUGUAUCUUGGAACUGUGUCAAGAAAAUAGGAAUUAUAACGGCAAUUAGGAUGUGGAAAGAUCUAGUGUCUAUGACAAUGCCUAACAUUAGAAAUCCAGAAUAUGUUUUUUAUGAGAUUUCAAUGCAUUGCAAGAACUUUAGAGAACUCAAGGUUAUGGGAUUUGUUGAUGUGCACUUUGCUUCAUCACUCGUUAGAUAUCUUCCAAAUUUGAAAGUUUUGAGUCUUCGAUGUUCAGGAUUGUCAAAGGAAGCUCUUAUUUUAAUUUUGGAUGAGCUCAAACAUUUAGAAGUGCUCAACAUUUCACAUUCUUGUUAUGUGGAACUCGAACAAAAUCCUAGAGAUGGAUAUAAGUAUAGUAGUGAUAUUGACCCUAUUAUCAUUGAUAAGGCUUCUAGGUUGCGUGAGUUUCACACAUGCAUGAAAGAAUCAUGCAUCAUGUGUAAGAGGACAAGAGAUGAUGAUGGAUAUCCUAGGUGGUACAAGUACGAGGAAGGGAUUUGGAAACAAGAUGAAGUUAGCUCUCUUGCACUUUGAUAAGAUUAUAAAAUAUCAUCGUAUUACAUUACAUACAAUCAUGAGAUAUUGUUGUGUCUCUGCAGGUUAUUGGCAGUUUUAUUUUAUGUAAUGCAUGUUAUUUAGACAUUUCGUAACUUUUGGUAUUAU